AUGAGUCGUGAUCCGCCGCGAAAGAAACCGAAAUCGAAUGAGGAAGCGGAGCCUGACGAGGAUGACGAAGAAGUGCCUGGUCUCCCUUUGGAAAGUGUUGGAUACUACAAUAUCAGGCAACUCGAAUUGGUAUUGCCUUUCGAACAAGAUGUUGGAUCCAUUGGAGAUCUUGCCGUCGCCGAGCAUGACGACGAAAGCGCUUCGUUGUUUUCUUUGUUCCCAACGCUUCAGGACUUGGAUUGGCAGGAACCAAAUGCUUCGCAGAACGCGAGUCCUUCGGCAUUUGCGUCCUUUGAAGACUUCGAAAACCGACUGACAGGGCUCAUUUUUGGAGCCCACCGCGAUCUUUCUUUGCUGGGUAUCCAACUCCUCGACAGUCCAAAUGUGAGACAGCUUCGAGUUCUUUUACCGGAGUACAGUGACCUUUUAGUUGCAGUGAUUCUGCAGUUGAUUGCUUGGACAGAGACACGCGAACCUAGGGCUAGGUUGCUUAUUCCAAUCCAUCAACCACCCGACGCACGGAUUUCUCAACCCAAUCAAUCAACUACAGUAACGCCGCAAGUAAUAGAUCACUCCUCUGGUAGGAUUGGCAUUAUUCACAAAUGUUGGAAGUGUGGUGAGCCGAUGAAAGGACAUUCCUGCCGUCUUCCUCCUGAAACAGAAGUUCCCGGAUUGUUCGAAGGGCAUGAUGGAAGGAUGUGGAAGAUUCGUCUCGCUAUGGAUGUAAUUGAGGAGAUGAAUGAUGCCGCCAAAGAAAAUGGUGUGGAGAAGCCGCUUGCCGACGAACAAUGUGGCAAGGGCGUGCAAAAGAAGAGAGGAACGUACCUCUGCAACUUCUGCUUGUACCCCAAGAAGUCAGAGUUCCACCGAAAGCAUUGCAUUCUGCGUCCCAGAACGAAGGUCACACUAGGAGGAGAAGAUGGUAAGACUUGGUUGCAUGCGACUCUAGUUGGGCGUGUAAGCAAGUCGAAAGCGCGCUUGAAAGAAGUAGGUGAAGGGAAGGUUUUGGAGAACGGUGAAGAUGAAGCUGCCGAAGAUGACAGGAAACCUUCAGCGAAGGACAGGAAUAGGGAGAGUGAUGGUGAUGGAGGCAAGGGAGAUGGCAAAGACGGUGAUAAUGACGAUCCACCAAGUGGAGACGGUGACGGUAACGGUGAUGGAGUUUCAGGAGUGGCAAGUUAUCCAGUUUGA